CUUCGCUUGAUCCUGAUUAGGUCACUCGUCUUCGCCACCUCCACUUGUACAACGUCGAACUACUACACAGCGACUUUCGCAACUACAGCAUUUAAGAUUUUAUGGAGAGCUGCCAGCAUUUGUUAAGCCUGUCCAAAACAUUUUUGCCGCCCCUUCGCUCCGACACAGUACUGCGAUUUACAACUCCUUUCAGUGAAUAAGUAGCCCAUGGUCCACGUAUUAUUGAUAGCAUUUCCCUUGGAUAUUAAUAGUAAGACGAUCACACGACAGACCACCCCCCCACCCUCGCCUCCAUGAUGUCGAUUUUCUGGACUUUUUGCGCUUACGUCAUGUUUCCGACGGCCUGCGUCGCUUUAUUUCUCAUGCUCUCCGGCUUCGGACCGCUGGAGCGGCUCGGGUGCAGCAUCUGCUGUGCGGACGUCAAGGUGGGCAUAUGUAUUGCAAAUAUGUCUGGGUCUGGAAAAGUGGAACUUGUGAUGCUAAGUUUGGAUUCUAAAAAAGUUUGUAUUGCAUGACCAGCAAGUAGAGGAGUCCAGUUUGUGCUAUGCGGGGAGGGCAGUUGUCAUGCGGAAUGGGCAUCAAGAAGCCAAGCACGAGCACUCAGAGAGUCUGUGAUUCUAGGGAAUACAUCACUAACGUCACGGGUCAUGUAAAAUCUGCAUGACAAGUUCGCAUCCUUGCAGACCCAGACACGUUUGCAGUGCAAAGGGCACGAUGAAGUGCAACGUUCUCGUUUUCUUUGUCCUCCUCAGCUGCGUCGGGUUUCUCACGUCUCUGUACGGAGUUGAGAUUAUCACAGGGAAAUGAAUUGUUCGUGCGCCUGUGCUCACAUACUUAGGUGCUGGAAGUUGGCAUGAUUUUUUUUUUACGCUUGGCAAGCGUGCUGUGCAACAGAUUUAUUUGCAGUGUAAUGCUAUGAUAGAGGAGCGAGGAGAAAAAGGUUUUGUCAUCCUCAUCGCGGCAUGUUGCCGAAGAACCUGGUAGCCACAACAUGCAUUUCUCUUCCGUGUGAUAGAAAAAUACGAGCGACUCCGGAAAGAAGGGACCGAUCAUGUGUCUUUGGAUGACAGGUACAGCAGCAGUAGAGUCGAAGCAUUCCUUUUGACGUGAUGGAUUUCUUUGCGCCUGUUUUCAGAGAAAAUCGCAAGCGUGUUGGGAGGCAAGAACUACACCUGCAUUGAAGAAGUGGAGUCACUCAAGUAGGCACGAGUAAUGCUAUGCAAGGCAAAAUAACGCACAAAAACAGGUACAAGCUGCAGCUUUUCCGCGACCAGCGCAAUUGGUGGAUUUCCGGUUGCAACCUCAUUCUGUGUAUCAAAUGUAAAUAAAAUGUCUGGGUCUGGAAAAAUGCAACUUGUGAUGCUGCAUUUGGAUUUCAAAGAAAUCUGUAUUGCAUGAGCAGAAAAAUCAAUCUAUUUUUUGCUUCAGAGAGAGGGCAUUUGUCAUGCGGACUAGGCAUCAAGAAGCCCAAAAAAAAAUUAUGAUGCCAGGGUAUGCAUCACAGACAUCACGACUCAUGCAAAAUGUGCAUGGCUUGGUAUUCUAGGUGCAAAAUGUGCAUGACAAGUCUCAGAAUCCUCCAGACCCAGACAUUUUUACAUUUGAUACUGUGGCUGGUCUGCUGGCGUGUGCAGGCGCUGAUGCGGUGGAAAAACACGGUGACUAGCAGCGCCGCGCCAGCCGCACCAGGGACCUCCGAUAAAGAUGCGAAAAAACCCAACGUGGUGUCCGAAACUAGUAAGCCAAAAGUUCCAGAAGAGCCGAAGAAGGUCCGUUGAGUGUCAGCGGCGUGUGGCAUAGGUCCUCGUCAAGGGAGUAGUUCAAAAUGGAUGAAAAAUACCAGAACAGAGACCCGAAUUUUGAUUUAUUGCGUCGCACCACGACCCGUUUUCUACGAUCUCAACUGAUAUGUUGAGUAUCUCACACGACGAU